AUGGCGAGUUUGUCAACCAGUCAAGGUGGGGAAGAACAUCCGGAGAGAAACUUACCUAUCAAAGAAUGGCGCACGCCUAGCCCUGGUCCAAGUGACCACGGCUCAGAAAGCAUUGAAUACGAGUGCGAGGAGCUUACACCGACGCCACAGAAGAGACCUCGUGGAGGGGAAGAGGACGAUCUGGACUAUGAUCUGAGGGCAGAUGCCGAAGUGCAAGGACCUCACGUAGAGCCACAAGAGGAUCCAAAUGAAUAUGUCAAACAAAAUCGGCUGAAGGUAAUGCCGGUGCCUCUUUGUUUGGACUUCAAUGACGAUGAAAGUGAAGAACCUGUUGCCUCCAUGGUGACUUCUUCAACCACAAAGACGUCUGGUCGGGUUAAGAAAGACGAGGUCCGGCUGGACCCUGGCUGUUUGAGGAUAGCAGUCGCUCCAGCUGAAAUUUGCACAUCAUCACCAUCAGCAUCACCAUCACCAUCACCUUCACCACAGCCCUGCACUUCCCCCAAUUGGACCAUCGAUGUCUCGGACGUCAGAACUAUCAAGGUGACAAACGUGCCUCUCUCAGCGACCGCGGAGAACAUGAAGGAGUUCUUCUUCUCCGGCGAGAUCGACUUCGUCGAGAUGCGAAGGGACUCGGAGACAUCUCAGGUCGCUUAUGUCACCUUCAAGGAGUUCCAUGGAGCUGACACAGCUCUGCUCCUCUCUGGAUCAAGCAUGUGCGGCGAUGUUCCUGUGAACAUCGCACCAGUGGAAGACUACGAACUGCCACCGGAAGCCUACUCCCAUACAGAAGCAAGGUCACCGGCGGCGCCGGGAACGCCGACCGGGGAGGCCGUGAAGAAGGCGGAGGAGGUGGUGAGCACCAUGCUGGCCAGGGGUUUCGUGCUGAGCAAGGACGCGCUGCGGCGCGCGCAGUCGUUCGACGGGCGGCACCAGCAGCUGCUGUCCACGGCGACGGCGCGGGUGGCGUCGCUGGACCGCCGCCUGGGGCUCAGCGACAAGUUCAGCCUCGGCACGGCCGCGGCCCGCGGUGCGGCGCGCGGCGUCGACGAGCGGUUCCAGGUCACGGAGCGCGCCUGGGGCGCCUUCUCCGCGGCCGGGGAGGUCGUGGCCGGCAGCCCCUACGCGUCCCGCGGCGCCGCCUGGGUGUCGGCCGCCGUCGGCGCCGUCGCCAGGGCCGCGUCCGACUUUGGCGCCAUGACCAUGGAGAAGGUGGUCAGGGCCGAGGUGGAGGACUUGGCGGCGGAUGGCGCGGGCGCCGAGGCGGGGCAAGGGCACGCGGCCCGUGUCGACGUGCACGACGGACAGGGAGUUGCAGCUCACCACGGUGACCAAAAGAAUAAGGCAAUGUAG